CCUCAGGGCGUCACCGUUCACGUCUCGGCCACCAAGAUCAAGCUCCUGGAGGUGGCGGAGGCGGUGGAGCUGCAGAAGAGGGCGGCGUCAGGUCUCAUACAGGAGUUCAGCGUGCGAGACUUGGACCAGUUUCUGUACGCGGGCCAGACUUUGGACACUGUGCUGACGCCGGCGGAGAGAGAGUUCUGCGUCAGACAUGAGCUGGAGAGCCUCAGGGCCAAGCAGGAGGAGAGUCACGUGCCCGGCUACCCCGCGGUGAAGCUGUACCCCGGCCAGCCCCUGCUGACCGUGUACCAGGAAGAGGAGCUCGUCACGGACUUCUUCCCGCUGCACGACCGCCAGGUGCUGGAGAACCUAGCGAGCGACUGGUACAAGGCCAUCUUCCAGGGCGCGCCGCUGGGCCAGCUCCUCCCCGCCCUGGGCCUCCCCCCCCUCCCCUUCCCCAAGAAAAAGAAAGACGACCAGCAGGAGGAGAAGCGACCUGCUGACCCCUCGCCCUACGAAGACAGGAUCCGAAACUACUUUGGAGAGAGCGUGGCGAUGUACUUCAGUUUCCUCGGCUUCUACACGCUGGCCCUGGCCUUCCCCGCGGCUCUGGGCGUGGCUCAACUCUUCCUUUCCGUGGACACCCUCACAGAGUACGCCCUCUUCGCCGCCUUCAACCUGGUGUGGGUGACGGUACUCCUGGAGCUUUGGAAGAGGCGGUGUGCUGGCCUGGCGUAUAGCUGGGGGACGCUGCUUCACCACGGACACCAGCAUGCCACCAGGCCGGGUUUCAGAGGACGCAUGACUCAGCACCCAGUUACCGGCAGAUACGAGCCUUACUACCCUGAAUGGAAAACCCGCAGCAAGAUCUACAUGGUGUCGGCGCCGGCUGUGGGGGUGUGCGUGGUGGCCGCUCUCUGGGUGAUGGUCGCGGCUUUCUGGGCAGAGGAGCAACUGAUCGAUUGGAAGCGGCGGUACGGGUCGGUGGCGGGCGUCUUCACCCACGUGCCCAGCGCCUUCUACGCGUGCCUGGUGUGGCUCAUGAACUUCUACUACAGGAGGCUGGCCAACGCCCUCACGGAUUGGGAAAACCAUCGGACCCACGAGGCUCACGAAUGGCAUCGCGUUAGCAAGCUGGUCGUCUUCGAGUUCGUCAACAACUUCUCUUCCCUCUUCUACAUCGCCUUCUACAUCCAGGAUAUGGACAUGCUCUGCUCGCAAGUUGCCACGAUGUUGAUAGUUACUCAGAUGAUCAAUCACUUCCAAGAGGCCUUACUUCCUUACGUGGUGAAGAGGGCUUAUAACCAGUUCGCCGCGGAGGUCUUGGCCCAGCUUCGCCGCCACCCAUGGACGUCGCCGCUGUUCGAAGAGCCCGUCAAACUGGUCCACGGCCUUGGCCCCGAGGACGACCCCAUCACAGUGCUGGCCCUCGACCCCAAGGACCCGCGCAUCACCCAGGCCAAGGAGGAGGCUGACCUUGACCCAUAUCAGGACUGCUACGAGGACUACCUGGAGAUGUUCCUGCAGUUCGGGUACGUGUUCCUGUUCUCCUCCGUGUACCCCAUGGCGGCCUUCUGGGCGGUGCUCAACAACAUCCUGGAGCUGAAGACCGACGCCUUCAAGCUGUGCCGCGUGUUCCGCCGGCCCAGGGUCAAGAAGGUGGCCUCCAUCGGGGUCUGGCAGGGCGCCUUCGAGUUGCUGGGGGCCAUGGCUGUAAUGACGAACUGCGCCCUGCUCUGCCUGUCCCCCCGCGUGCGCCCCCUGGCCCCCAGCGCUUCCCCCGUGGAAUGGGUGCUUCUCUUCGUCCUCUUGGAGCACCUCAUCCUGGCCGCCAAGAUGUGCCUCAUGUGGGUGGUGCCGAACCAGCCGGCGUGGGUGCGUCAGGCCCUGGAGAAGGUGUCCUAUCAAGCGAAACUGGCCCUGCGGAAUGUGCGUGGCAAGAAGACCCGUCGGCACCUCUCCCGCCGCUUCCGGAGUGUCCACGGCGUGCCCCGCUCCGGCUCGCGCUCCCGCGGCACCACGCCCGUGGCCCAGAACGGCGGCCUCCGGCACCGCACGCCGCCCAGGGGGGACUACCGGGACUACUAGCCACGCCCGACGCACAUGCACUGCCCAACUAGCCCAAAGUGUCCCUCGAUUAGCCCAAGUAGCGGUCAGAUAGCCCAAAGUGUCACCAGAUUAGCCCCCACACUGUCCAAACGCUGCCCACAUAACCGCCCUAAAGUGUCCCCCAAUUAGCCCAAGUAGCGGUCAGAUAGCCCAAAGUGUCCCUCAAUUAGCCCAAGUAGCGGUCAGAUAACCCAAAGUGUCACCAGAUUAGCCCCCACACACUUAAAACGCCGCCCACAUAACCGCUCUAAAGUGUCCCUCAACCAGUCCAACAAGUGUUCAGAUAGUUCAAAGCAACGUUGCCAGGUCGUCGUACUCCGCCUCUUUUGUUUGCCGAUUUCCGACCCAAAAACUGCUUUCAUCACCCAAACAACUGCCUUCACAUAUGGUUCUCGUUUAAAUGGUUACUUAUUGGUGCUUCUUGGCAACAGUUGGUGGCCAAAAACCGGUAAAUACGCGGCUCUUGAGUACGAUAACCUGGCAACGGUGGUUCAAAGUAUCCCUCAACCAGCCUGAUUAUCGUCGAGGUAGUUCAAAAUGUCACUUACCCAGGCCAGGCAGCAUCUGAAUAGCCUGCAAUGUCCCUGAACCAGCCCAGUUAGCGGUCAUAUAACCCAAACUGUCCCUGAACCAGCCUAAACUGCCCUUCAUCCAGUCCAACAAGGCGAUAUACGUAGGUGUGCAGGGUUUGCUAGACCAUGAAAAGGGUGCCGAGGGACUGCAAUUAGACCCCAUACUAGCUUUUCCCUUUUUGACUUUCCACCAGUCCCUCCUCGCUGAGUGUCUUCCCAUCACGGGUUACAAGGAUAUUCUAGUCAAUUUCUAGUCAUGUUUGAGUCACGUUCUAGUCAUGUUCGGGUCAUGUGUAUGUAUAUCUUCGACCUCCUCCUCUGCUUCUUCCUCCUCUCCCACUUCCUUCUCCUCCUGCAAAGAGAAAUGUGUCUUCCCUAAACUAGGGUUAUAAGAAUCGAAGCUAUUCCCUAAUCGAAGUUAUUCCCCAAACGAAGAUAUUUCCCAAACGAAGAUCUUACCCAAACAACGGUAUUCCCCAAGUUCAGGUAUUCCCCAGAUAACGGUAUCCAUCAAGUAAAGGAUUUCCCCAAGUAAAAGGAUUUCCUGAUCUAAGAUAUUCCCCAGUGGAAGGUAUUCUCCAAUCUAAGAUGUUCCCCACACUAAGAUCUUCCCCAAUCGAAGGUCACAAUCAUCUAAGAUCUUUCCCAAUCUAAGGUCACAAGUAUCAAAGGUCAUCCCCAAACAACGGUCACAAGAAACUAAUCUAAGGUCACAAUGAUCUAAGAGCUACCCCAACUAAGACCUUAAUAUACUAAGAUCCUCCCCAGUCGAAGGUCACAAGAAUCUAAGGUCUUCCGAAGCUAAAGUCAGGAAUCUAAGGUGUUCCCAGUCUACGGUCACAAUGAUGUUUCCCACUAUGGCCACAAGAUUGUAAGGUCUGUCCCUAACUAGUGUCUAAGGGUGAUGUCCUCCUCCACUAGGGACAAAGGUGUAACAUAUCCCAGGUCCUCCUCCACUAGGGACAAAGGUGUAACAUAUCCCAGGUCUAAGCUCUAAGGGUGUACCGUCAUCCGCAGACUAAACUCUAAAUAUAUUCUAGUCAUAUAUCUAACCUUAAUACUCGACCCUACGAAGUCAUGUGUCCGUGUGAUAUCUGCCCAGACUUGCGGAUUUCUGCCCAUACCACAAGCUCCUCCUCCCUACGAGAUGUCAGUCACUACCAACUCAAAAACCAACCCCAGCUUCUGAAGUUUCUCGCCCUCGUUGAAUUCCACACACCACUUCACGUUACCCUUUUCCUGACCAUAUUAAGGCCAUACUAUUAUUAAUUGGGUGUAAUCAUUAACUCGUAGAAGCGGAUCAUGGAAGGCUCAUAGGGAACGGCGUCCGGUUGGCUGAUAUUGCUGGAACUGAUCUCAAGGGAAUGGCCGAGGAAGAGAGAGCCUGUGAUAUGGGCGUAAGGGAAUGGCCUAGGAAGGGAGAGCCUGUGAUAUGGGCGUAAGGGAAUGGCCGAGGAAGAGAGAGCCUGUGAUAUCGGCGUAAGGGAAUGACCUAGGAAGGGAGAACUUGUGAUAUGGGCGUAAGGGAAUGGUCUAGGAAGGGAGAGCUUGUGAUAUGGGCGUAAGGGAAUGGCCGAGGAAGAGAGAGCCUGUGAUAUCGGCAUAAGGGAAUGGUCAAGGAAGGGAGAGCUUGUGAUAUGGGCGUAAGGGAAUGGCCAACGAAGGGAGAACUUGCAAUGUGGGGAUAAGGGAGCUUGUGAUAUGGGCGCAAGGGAAUGGCUUAGGAAAGGAGAGCUUGUGAUAUGAGCAUAAGGACAUAACUUACAGCCUGUUUAUCUAGUCAAUUGUUAAUGCUCUUUCCUCCUCUUGUCCCAGGUAACCCCAAUUAUGAUCUGUUAAAGUAUUCAUGUAUUUUCCACCUUCGUUUGUCCUCCUUGCCUUCCUUGACUCUUGUUACUUUGGACCCGAAUUCUCAGACGCUUUUGACUUGCACAUUAACUCUUACUAAACGCCAUAAAGUAAGUUAGCCGGGUUCCCAUGAGUGCUUCUUCACGUUCAUGGGGCAGAAGCCUUGUCACACUAUCACCAGGCGCAUAACUCUUCUCAUGGAAACACACACAACCACCUCAAAUGCUUUUUUUUUUUUUUUUUUUUUUUUUUUUACAACAAAGGAGACGGUUCAAGGGCAACAAAAAGAAUGUAGAAGAAGAAAAAAAAAGCCCGCUACUCACCGCUCCCACAACAGACAAAAGUAAACAGUGGCCGAAAGACAGGUCAAUUUCGGGUCUUAUUAACCUGGUACCAACGACGGGCCAGAUUUUUGCCAUGGUAUAAACCCCCAAAAAUAGAGGAUACAUAAACUGAUCACAAAUGCGUUGAUAUAUAUUAUGAAAU